UUCUGUUCUAGAUCUUCUUCAUGGCUGCUGAACUCUGAUGGCACUGGUCCACAUUGGAAAAUAUAUAAAAUAUAAUACUAUUCAUGCAUAUACGCAAACACAUGCGUAGAUACUCAGGUACACAUAUAACCAUGUAAACAUUACCAUUUAUACAUAUACCUACAAAUACACACACACACACAACAUGCAUACAUAUAUAUACACAUAUACAUACAAGUAUGUAAAUAGAAAAUGUGCUUUUGUGGCUAAAGAGUCCUUUGACUCUUAUUUCUAGCAAUGCUAGUGCUCCCUGUACUCUUCAUCACAUUUUAGAGAUAGUAAAUUAUUUUCUUUUUGGUUUUGAAUUGUGUCUAGCUACAUCCAUUAUCUUAUAUAUAUAUAUAAUACAAACAUACAUACACACAUAAACAAUAUAUAUAUAUAUAUAUAUAUAUAUAUAUAUUCAGUUUCAGUCCAGGGACUGCGACCAAGCUGUUUAAAAUGUAAUAUAACAAACAUAUACACAAAUUUCUACAAGAAGCCCCCAGUGAGGAUCAAACUAACAAGACCAGUGCUCUAACCACUGAGCUACCCAGAAACUCAUAAGAAGAGAGCCACAUAGUUAGACAAACAGACAGACUCCCAUUUUGUUCACUGCAUGUGCAUUUUAUAAACUGACCCCUCACCAUGGCCCUCCAGUUCACUUCAUGCACUUUGUCAAAUUCCCCUAAUCUUCUCCUAAACAAGGGAGCGGAAUACUUCAGGAGACACAGCACCCAUGAAGACAUUUUUGCGAAAUCCAUCAACAGGAAAAGUGCUGUUGAGCUCUUGGCAGCCAGCAAAGCUGAUUAUGUGAAGAGUACAUGUGUGCUGGACUCCAAGCAGCAGUUUAUGCAGACAGCGGUCACUGAUAAUUUCGCUUCUGACACCAGGUUUCCACACUCCAUCUCCGGCCAGCGUCUCAACACCCACACCAAAUCGGACUAUGACCUAUCUCAACUGCAGACGGCAGAUUGGACGUCUGACGGCACCCUCAACACCAGCGCCUACCCUCCUUUCAUGUGCAGCAGUAGCAACAAGACCAAUGAUCCAAUGAUGGAUGUGGAUAGUUCGAUGGCAUCGUCCGAUGUCGAGGGCUGCUGCCCAUCUCUUGACGCCCGGCAUUUCUCUGCAUCUACCUGCUCGAGGGAAGUGACGAAAAUGGACACGAGCCAGUCAGGUGGUGGUGCCGUCGUCACGGCAAUGGCGACAGAUGCUCCAAGUGCCACGACGGCCGACGACGUCGACAUUCUUCUCAGCAGCUCUCAACCGACAACGGCGGCGAUGCUGGCAGCGAAAGCAGUCGCGUCGCAGUCGAUUCACAUGACCGAUCAUACAGGAAGACCAAAUCUAUUUUCGUACCCUGUCCAAUUAUUGUCAGGAAUAUUUGCAUCCAGAAAUCUGUAA